GCGCGGGGUCACGCCGGCGGGGCGGGGCGGGCGGCCUGCGGCCCAUGUGGAGCGGGAGCAGGAGGCUGAGCCAACAAGCGCCCAGCGGCGGCGGCAGCAACAGCAGCAGGAGGAGAAGGAGAAGGAGAAAGAGGCCGCCAAGUCUCCAGGCCUUGCGCGCAUCCAGUGCGGCCGCGCCAUGAAGGGCCGGAUUGAGCUGGGAGACGUGACGCCACAUAACAUUAAGCAGCUGAAGAGGUUAAACCAGGUCAUUUUUCCUGUCAGCUACAAUGACAAGUUCUACAAGGAUGUGCUGGAGGUUGGCGAACUAGCCAAAUUAGCAUACUUCAAUGAUAUUGCAGUGGGUGCAGUGUGCUGUAGAGUGGAUCACUCUCAGAACCAGAAGAGACUGUACAUCAUGACACUUGGAUGCCUGGCACCCUACCGAAGGCUAGGGAUAGGAACUAAAAUGUUGAAUCACGUCUUAAACAUCUGUGAAAAAGAUGGCACUUUUGACAACAUCUAUCUGCAUGUUCAGAUCAGCAAUGAAUCAGCAAUUGACUUCUACAGAAAGUUUGGUUUUGAGAUUAUUGAGACGAAGAAAAAUUACUACAAAAGGAUAGAGCCAGCAGAUGCUCACGUGCUGCAGAAAAACCUCAAAGUCCCUUGUCUUGGCCAAAAUGCAGAUGUGCAGAAGACCGACAACUGAACAAAACCCCAACGAACACUUUCUUGCACUUGCUUGUUGCCAAAUAAGAGAGAGGCCUGUUGACUUUGUUUUUGUUUUGUUUUUUUUUGUUUGUUUUUUCUUCCCUUCAUCUUAAUUUUUUUCUUGACCUCUCUUCAACAAAAGUGUAAUGCUUCUUCCAAGGGUUGUCCAUUCAUGUUUGGGUUUUUCAGUUCUCUUCCUUUCUGUUUGUUUGGUUAUUUUUAAUUGGGUGGGAAGAGGUGUGCAAAUCUUCUUUAGUUUGAAGUGUGGAGGGCUUGAACAGGUUUUCCUGAGGUCAGGUUUCUUCCAGAGCGAUUUAUCACUUGGUAACACACUGAGAGGUAGAUCCUAAAAAAAAAAAACAAAAAAAAACUGUCUUGAAAGGCAAAGCAAUAUCUUGUCCUUGGAGUCCUAUAAUACCAAUUUGAUUUUUUUUUUUUUUUUUUUUUUUAACAACCUGGGGGGUUUGCUGGCCCUCCAAAUGCAUGUGAACAUUAUAUUGGCAAUUUAUUUUUCCCCUUACCUCCCCCAAAACAUGUUUGGUUCUUCUCACUAUUUUGGGGUUUGGCUUUUCCUCCAUCUUUUGCUGAGAAGGGCAGACUGGUUUACCAGUAUUGUUUCUCUGCCUGGACUCAUAGUGUGAGGUUUGGUUUUUUGUUUUUUUUUAAAUAGUCCUUACCAAAGCUGGUGCUACAUUCCUUGACUGACCCCCCCCAAAAGGGUUCACAGUGGGCUUUACAGGUUUUCUUUUAUUUUAUCAUUAUCAUUUUACCCAUUCCAUUCUCAAAAAAUGUCUACAACAGUAAGCUAAAUCUAAUGUGAACAAGAACAGCCUUACAAAAUUGAAUUUAGAGGUGUGGAUGUAGUUUUAAGAACAAGUGAAGCUUUCUAGGACUUCUCUCUCCUUUUAGAGCUUACUCUACGGUAUCUGGAUUCCUGAGGUGAAAGAAGGGACUACAGGCAUCAUAUGUACUUCAGUAAGAAUUGCACACUUCUAGAAACCUGAAAUUGGGUCAUGGGUAGGGAGAACCAGGCAGUGAGGUUGAGAAGAAAAAACAAAAUCUUACCCUAAUGAUAUAGCUUUGCAGGAGGACCUCUGGCUUGAAUUGGGCUUCACUUAGCUUGUGAACUUUAUAUGCUCCUUAGGGAGGAAGUGGCUAAGAACUGCAUUUUCUAUGCCUGUGAAGACUUUUCAUAUUCCCCCUGUGGCAGCAAUGCAGUUCUCAUGUUAAAGGGUAUUUUAUGGAGCACAGAAAAAGUAGCUCGUAAUAGAGCAUGAGAAUUUGGAAAAUAGUUGCCUGACUGGCUUCUUCGUAGUACUGUAACCUUAAAAUUGCAGUAAACUUUACUGAGCUCUGCUUUGCAUUCUUUUUUGCUUUGUGUGAAUUACAGUGCUACUUUGUAUGCACUUUUGCCAUCAGUUAUGUGCACCAGGACAAAAUACCAACUUGACCUUAGACUUUAAGCUUCUGGAAAAAUGCACUGAACUGAGACAACACUCCUGUCCCAUCACCUAUACUGAUAUCAAAUUGCAUUCCUUUUCUGUUGCCUUUUUAAAUUCAGUUUCAUCUUGAGUUCAUUCAGUUUGAAAGUCUCCACCGUACGGUACACAUUGCUGUACACAUCUUGUUAGUGGGUGCUGUGCCAUUGUUCUGAGGCUACCUUGGGUACCAAGGAUUUCAAGGUGGGGGAUCGAAGAGUAAGAUGAGUACAUGUACCCUUCUUCCCACUUUAUGCAGUCUUUGAUAUCAAAGGAAUGGCCAAGUAGGCAUCUUAAUAAUUGCCACAUGCCAUCAUAAGGUGUGUUGCUUCUAUGAUACUGUGACAGGUCCAAGCAGAACUGCUCAAAUACUUUUUCUGGGUUUGCACUAAUUGGGUUUUGGUGAUGGUCAACAGGCAGUUCUUUGUAAAAUACCCUGUGCUGGCCCAGGCACCUGUGUUCACAUCAGCCCCUAUUGCACUCUUGCUAGAAAGGUCCAAACACUUUCUGUGGAUGGAGAUAGCCUAUUUAUAUCUUCUUAUGCCAGUUUUGGAGGUAGUUCCAGAACCUCUCUAGCAAGAAAACAUUGAAGCACAAUUAGCUCAUGGAUACCAGUAUGGUUUUCCUGGCCAAUUAGACAAGGACCAAGAGGUGUAUGUGGAGGGAGAGAGAGUAUUGUACUGAAUGAUGUUGACAUAAUACAUCUGUAGUCCAGACCAUAGCUGCCUCUGAUGCCAAGCAAAGUGCUCUUCAUUCUUCUAGAACUAAAUGGUUAAGUAUUUGGGUUGGUUAAAUGGGUGUGGAAACUUGAACUUCUCAGACUUGGUGGUGUUUGUAGGCUUUCACAAAUCAAAUUGUUUUGCAGGCAGUUUUCCUGCUGGUUUAAAAGUAUAAGUGAUGGGUCUGGUGUCUGAACUUGCUUGGAUUAACUUUUGUUUCUGUUUCUUUUUGCUUUGGGCUUCCAUCAUUCUAUGAAUGUAUCCCUACAACAAUUUUUAGAGUUCCCAUUCCACAGAGAACUUGCCUCAUUCUAUCUUUUAACUAAAUAUUUCAUAGUAUGUGGAAGGGAGAGAAACCAGUUUAUUAAUCCUGGAAAAUGGUUGAUCAUAUUCUUAAGCACAUAAAAAGGUUUAAUUUAAAACCUCUUGGAAAACAGUACCCCUGUACAUGGAUAAGGUAAAGUGAAGGGCAACAGUUCUGAACAGCAACAGGUUGUGUUAAUACUAGUGCAUCCAGCCUGGUAUGUAUGGGAAGAGAAUAGUGUAUCUUGGUGUUAUUCUAAGGAGAUACUAGAAUAGUGUUCAAGUAUGAGUUUUCUGCAAUGAAACUCUUACUUCAUAUGCUACUGCAGUAGGUCCUCCCACUAACUUGAAAGCAACAGCAUAUCUGCAACUAUUUAAACAAGAGUGGGAAGUUUCUGUGAAAUAAUCACCAGCACUUCUGUUCUGGAUGGAGAAUUUGCAAGAUAGAUUAAUGCAACUAUCAGAUUAAUCCAGGUCUAAGUUGUCUUUUAUAUGCGUAUCACUCUUCAGUAGCUUUUUGUCAUCCAUCAAUGGAACCCUGAAGAGCUUGUCUAUAAACAGACUUUCAUUGGCAGAAGACCAUGAUAGAAGGGGCACUGUGAGGAAGCAGCAACCAGGGGAAAUGUCCCUCCUGUUUUUGGGGGGAGGGAGUAGGGUUUUUUGUAUCUACAGUGGUUCAGUUUACAAGAUGCAGUUAGUGGUUAAACAUGCCGGUUAAAUAUGAGAUGCUGUUACAGCUGAGAAAACUUGUGAUAUUUUGUUACUUCUUGAUGGUGCCCUGUGAUGCCUUGUAAAUUUGAACACCCCCUUUUCCCCUCCUCAAGAAAAAAGUAUCUAUUGUUGUUCUCCCAUGUGCUGUGAUCUAUGGUCAGCAGCUGUAUGCAAGGCCUUUGUUUUUGUAAUGCAUUUGCUGACUUGGAUAUUUCUUCUGAAUCUGUAAUGGCUUCCAAUUGAUCCUGAGUAAGAUUUCUGCUGGUCUGUCGAUUAGGACUUCAUUCAAAUGUGCAGAUGCACGGUGCAGUUUUACAGAUUCAUCCUCAAUGUUAUGACUUAAAUUGUAGGGGGAGGAAACUCCUACAAGUAAGAUCAUCUGUUUCUGAUCUAGAUCAUUGCCCUUGUUAUACAUCAGGAGCAUGUUUUGUUUUUUCUCAAACUUUUUAGAAACACCAUUCAGAAUAAAUGUGCACUAUUUGAGUUGUCA